UAGCACAUUCACAACUAUUGCAGCAUAACUAAGCAACAGUAGAAACUGUGUUACAAUACUAUUACUCUUGCUCUUCUUCUUUCCUUUGCCUGUCACUCCACUCCCCAAGCUGAUUCCAACUGUCCACCAACAUUUGCUUCAUUGUUCAAGCUGUUGUUCUUCACAAAACUCUGUGGAUGAGGAGGUGGGCUGCGUUCAGGCGCUGGAUCGGCAUAGAUCGGAGGAAACACCCUGGACAAGAGGUGAACCAAGGCUUAUCAGAGUUUCAGCUGUCAGACAGCAGCGAUGCAGAUCAGAUGACAGAGGCUGAGAGAUCACGAGAUGUCAAGAUCUACAUCCCCUAUGAAUCAGCUGAACUCUGCAUCACGCAGAUCGCUGAGGACAUGGAAGCAAUGAAGAGACGACACUUGGAAAUGGUUCAUGAGCUGGAGGAGAAUUUCCAGCUCACAGCCCGAGAGAACCAGGAGUGGACCAUGCAGAAGAUCAGAAAUCAUUACCAGAGCAAGUUAAAUACUCUGCGGAGAAUCCUGGACCUCUACCAAGAGAAGGUGGAAAAGAAGAACGCUGACUGGGAGAGGAGAGUUGCUGCCUUGACUGCACAGAACGAGCAGCUGCUGGAGGAGCAGAGAGCUGAGAGGAGGAGGAGUAAAGAGGAGGUGCUACAGUGGCACAGAGAAAAGAGCAAAAUGCUGGAACUGUUCUCCAACAGACUGGAUGUCCUGCACAGCCACCAGGCCUCCACGCUACAGGAACUGCAAAUGGCCCGACAGGAAGUAGGGAAAGUCCAAGAAAUGUUGAUGGUUUCAUCACAGGAGCAGCAGGAAACCACAGAGGAAGGUGAUAGCUCAGAGAACAAAGGACAACAACAGACUGUGGAUUGCAGUGAGUCAGAUUUGCCACUGGAGGGGGCUAAAGCCCGUCUGGAGGAGCUGAAGGAGAGUUUGUACCAGAAGGAGAGAGAGAUCACUGAGCUGCUGGAGGCAGAGAGGAUCCCUGUCCUUCCUGUUCCUCUGCCACCCUGCAGUGUUCUGCUUCCCACUGUCAUACACAAGGCUCAUGCAGUCUGCAGUGCAGUGGCUGAGACCAGAGCUCUUUUGGACCGGCUGAUUGAGGAGAAUCGGGCUGCUCUGGUUGAAGUCAGAGACAAAUUGGACCAUCUACAAAUGGCUAAAGAAGACAGUAAUGACAGAGAGGAUAAGACCACUGACCAAGAGCGGUCAGAUGAAUAUGAGUCAAGUUUGUCUUUACUACAAGAAACAAUGAGGGAGUAUGAGGUCUCACAAAUGGCUUUAGACUGCAUCAAAACUGGAGAAAGCCCAGUAACAAAUGAUUGUGAUGCAGAGGGAAUGAAGAGUGUCGGUGAGCAGCUUCUCUUGCUGCAGGAUCAGCUGAAGCAAAUUAAAGAAGAGAAAAAGAAAGUAAUUGAGAACUACACAUCAGAAAGGACACUGAGGAAGAAGUACUACAAUAUGGUGGAAGAUAUGAAAGGUAAAAUACGUGUGUUUUGUCGGAUUCGACCAGUGAGCCGAAACGAGGCUGCGCAGGGUGGGGCUGUCAUCGUGGAUAAAAUAGAUGAUUACUCUGUCUCUGUGGAAACCCCCCGUGGGCCAAGGGAGUUUCAGUUUGACAAGGUGUUUGGUGCUGAAGCCUCUCAGGAGGAAUUGUUUGAUGACACCAACAGACUGAUCCAGUCAGCUAUCGAUGGUUACAACGUCUGUAUCUUUGCAUACGGCCAGACGGGCUCAGGGAAGACCUUCACCAUGGUUGGGGACAAGGAACAGAAGAAUCCCGGGAUCAUGCCGAGAUCUUUCAGUGCCAUAUUUGAUAUCAUGCAGGAGAACAGCACCAAAUUUGACUUCAAGGUUUCAGCCUAUAUGCUGGAGCUGUACAACGACAGGCUGCAGGACCUCUUUGUGAGCCUGCCUGGUGAGGCCCAUACACAGUCCCAGUCCCAUGGCCAUGCCAGGCGAGUGGAGAUCAAGAGGAACAGAAAGGGGGUUGUGUUUGCCCAAGGAGCAGAGACAAAGGAGGCUUCCAGUGCCCAGGAGCUCUACGCUCUGUUCCAGCAGGCCUGCGCCAACCGACACAUCUCUGCCACCAAGAUGAAUGUAGAGAGUUCCCGCUCUCAUCUCAUUGUUGGCAUCAUGGUGGAGAGCAGGAAUCUGACCAAUGGGAGUGUGAGCACUGGGAAGCUGAGUCUCGUGGAUCUGGCGGGCAGCGAGAGAGCAGCCAAGACUGGCGCCAAGGACCACCAGCUGAAGGAAGCUAACUCUAUUAACAAGUCUUUGAGUGCACUGGGAGAUGUGAUCUCAGCCUUAUCUGCUGAACUGCCCCAUGUACCGUACAGGAAUAGCAAGCUGACACAGGUGAUGCAGGACUCCCUGGGUGGCAAUGCCAAAACCCUCAUGAUCGUCAACAUCUCUCCUUCAGAAUGCAACCUCGAUGAGACUCUCACGUCUCUCAUUUACGCCACAAGAGUGAAAGCCAUAACCAACAAUGCUCAGAGAAAUGUGGAGAGCAAAGAGAUUGCUCAGCUGAAAGAGUUGAUCAUGAAGCUGAGGUCAGGACAGACAGUGGAAGAGGAGGAUGUUUGAACUGUUCUCUAUCACACCAUUUUUUUUUUUUUUUUUUGCUGAAUAUUUAAUCAAUUCACACGGAGUGAUGGGUGACAUCACCAUAGGGGCACUGUCAGUGGCAUUCAGGGGAUUGCGUGCAGUCUGUUAAUGGGUGCUGCCUGCCUGAGUCUAUAGAAUGAGGACCCAACAAUAUGGGGCCCCACGUGUAACUGAAUAGGUAAAUAGGAAGUCAGUUGCUCCCUCAGUUUGCGCUUCUAUUGUAUGUGGUAAAAGGCAACGAGUUUGUAGCCCAUUAGAGGCUGAGAGGUUAAGUCUCCAGAGCCCAUGACCUGUCCCUAUGCUGUUGCAGGGUCAGAUCCCAUGGCUGGGAAUGGACACUCUCAAACACGCAAAGGCACUGUUGUGUUGUUGUUUUCUUUUUUCUGACGGACUGGGGGCUCGCUAAAAUUAGAGCUUCAUGACAGAAGCUACAGACAACCAUUAGAAGGGCACUAAUCAAAAGGUGCCAACAUUUGCAGAGGAAUUUUAUGAAUUUUGACAUUUAGAUAAUAUACUAAUAAAUAAAUAUAUCACAUCCAAGGUUUUAUUUCCUCUUAAAAUACAUGCUACUGUUUCAUAGAGACAUCUAUGUGAAGAUGGAAUUCUUUUAAUUGAGAAGUCACAGUGAGAUUUAUUCUGCUGUUUAUUGGUUGGUUUUUGUUGCACUCAAGGCCUUGUCACACUCCAGGCCUUGGCACAGACUAAAUCAGUCUCAGGAGAGUCAUGGCUUCAAACUGAAAUUGUUUGACCCAGGAUAGCAUUUCAGUGCUGAUGGGGGAUAACAGUUUCUAUAAGUAGGCUGUCUUUUGUCUGCAUUUGGGCCCAGUCUUAAUUGUUCAGCAUUUUUAAUCUAUACCAUGGGCCCCCACUAGUGCUUCUCUUGUGUUUCGCCACAUUAGAGCCGUGAUUCCUAGCUUUGCAUGCUAUGUUUUAUUGGCUGAUUUAGAUCAGAGGCCACUCAGCACAUGUUCACUGUGAUUUGUUAUUCUUUAAUGAGGGCCAUAGUUUAAAUCAUACUGCGAGCUCUCUGGACUAGAACAAUGUGAGGGACAAAGACACAGAGAGCACAUGAAGAGGGAACAGGGUUGAUGAAGGGGCUUUGGUCUCCCAGAUACUGAGGUCGUGUGUUUUGUGAAUCAGUCGGCACAAACCAACUGUGUUGCGAGUUGCAUACAUGACCACCCACUGGCAAUCUGCGAAUGACACCUUACAGUAUUGACUGCAGGCUCACUGUCACUAUGCGACUUCUGCUUCAAUGACAGCAUUACCUUGGAAAUAGAAAUAUUACUAGUACAACACAGACGUUCAUCAUUUCCUUUAUUUUCAUGUUGCAUGUUGCAGAACAGAUAUGAUAUGCAUCAUACAAAGGCAUUGUUAGAAGCUGACUACCGUUUUACUUGACAAGAUUUUAGUGCAUUUAUCCAAACAAUAUUUCAUUUAUUUAAAAAAAAAAUCAACACAUAUUACAGACUACAAGUGCAAUUUAUUUGACUCUUUUCCUUAUUACAUCUACUUUUCCUUUUAAAAAUAUUAUAAAAAAACUUAACCACUGACAUUAUCAACUAUAAUGAUGAGAGCCCAGUGCUCUGAGAUUUAGUGCUCAGAGUUAAAUCUUUUCAAGAGGUCAACAUGUUUGCAGAUAUAAAUAAUGAACACACAACAAAUGCUAGAUCUUUUCAGAGAAUGUGUGUUGAAAAUAUGUCUACAUUACUUUUACUUUACUUAAAUAUUGCUUUAACCAACUUAGGGACUAAGGGACACUAAAUCAUUAUCCCCUGCAACAGCAGAAACGCAGAAAUAAUCCUCACAAAUCACUUAAUUUGUUAAAACAUCAGGACCAAAAAUCUUUAAAGGUCCCUGUCAGAUACAUUUUUGGAAAUAUAGAAAUAAUGUGUUUUGGAUAAAAGUUUGUGUCUUAUUAAAUGUUUCCACAAAGAACGUUCAAUUAGCACAUUAAAAGUCUUGAAAUUCUUCUAAUAAUCUCCCUCAUUGAAACAUCCAGAAUCUAUUAAAUAUUGUUCUUCAGCAGAUGAAUGGGAAAAGUGCUUUCUAUAGUCUGGACAGCGAAGGUCAAAUAUUAUUCCUGAGAAUCGUAGAGGUUAGGGAAGAUGGCUAUGACCAGAGGGUUGCCUGUUUGAAUCAUUAUCAGCUUGUUCAAGUCACAAGUCACACAAGUGAGCCAGGGCAAUGGUGAGCAAAAGAGGUCACAAGUCUGGUUACACUAAAGAAGUCAAUGAAGACAACACUUGCUGCAGUAGUUGUGAUCUACAAUGCAAAGCAGGCCAGGGCAACCAGUCUAACCUGAGGAAACACCUGGUCAAACACAAAAGCUGAUGACUGAGUGCACUGUGUUUGAAAAGCCAAGUCCCCCACAGCAGCCAUAACUAAUGUUAGCACACCUGCAGCCAGCAUCGAGGAAAUUAAAUCCUACAUGGACAAAAAAAAAAGUGAGGCAUCAUCGAUAACUUCAUCAACAUCUUCAGGUAAUUAAUUAAUUAAUUAACUAGUUGGAUUAAGUUGUAGUUGUUGGGAUAAAUGGGCUGUCUUGACUUAGAGCUUAGAGCUUUUACAAGCAUUAGCAUUAGCCAACACUCAGCCAAUGGCUGUGUCCAAAAUUCUUCACCAACAUGCUGUUUAGUAUGCUAAAACACAGAGUAAAGUGAUGAGAAAUGGUACGGUUGGGUAUCAGUCCCAAAUUCCAGGCACCAGUACUGUAUCAGCUGAAAUGUGAACAACAAUCCUAGCACUCAGUAGAUUUCCCCUGUAUAUAUGAAAGUUUAAAACAAAGAAUACUGUCAUGAACAUAACUUUCAAACUCUCUAUCUAAGGAUAAAGUUCCCAUAAGUCAUUCUGCCUAACUUCCCUUUUGUUCAUAUGCACACUGCCAUGCUUUUUUACAAUAAGCUUAUGAAAAUAGGACUGCCUGAUUUCACACUUCGCUGUCCUCUUUACCUCCCUCAAAGAUGUCUGGGACUGUAUCUAAUCUGAGUGUGUGGGAGGUCACAGUACUGAUGGGAGAGGAGGAGGUUCAAAAUGUCUUAAUAUAUACGUUUGCGUCAUUCCUCUGAGAGCCACUGGGGGAGACUUUGGAGAUGGGAGCAGAUGAGUUAGCGCUGCAGUGUUUGCCUUGAAGCUACAGUAAAAGAGGAGGAGGAGCCAGGGAAAGAGGGGGAUAAAGACAGGAAGAAGUCGAGGACAUUAGGGGGAUGAGAAGAUGAAAGGGAAUCAAACUGAUGAGGAGGAGAUAGGAGAAAAGUUGAAGCGAGGAGGGGGAGAAGAGGGCCAAUGAGAGUGAGAAUGAACCCUGCAUGAACACAGUAUGAGGCCCGAAGCGCUGGUCACCAAUCUGAAACACCCUCUCUCUCUCCCUCCCUCAGUGUUUAACUGUAACUAAUAACUUAAGAUAAAGACUUUUAAUGAGGGGCUGUUUUCAAGCUAGUUUCAUUUUUAAUGUGGUGGGACAGGAAGGCGGAGGGACUCUACCCUUUCAAAGUACAGGCACAGAAGCACUUUGAAUGA